AUAAUUAAUAAUCUCUUUCUCUCUCUAGCUUUCUCUCACUAGCUAGCUAAUUCAAACUUCUUGUAAUUUGUUCACUCACUAGUCAGUAGUCACUAUCUAUCACAAAUUAAAUUAGAAAGAAGUUAAAGUUGAGCUAAACAAAAUGGCAUUCACAGUUAUUCACCUCCAUCAAUUAACCAUCAUUUUUGGUAUACUUGGAAACAUUGUCUCCUUUGGUGUGUUCUUGGCUCCAUUGCCAACAUUUUGGAGGAUAUUCAAGAAGAAAUCAACACUAGGGUUUCAAUCCAUACCUUAUUCGGUUGCACUAUUUAGUUCAAUGCUAUUAUUGUACUAUGCCUUCUUGAAGGAAACCAAUGGAACAAUGAUACUUACUAUCAACACCAUUGGUUGCGCAAUCGAAGGAGCAUAUCUCAUAGUGUACCUCAUCUAUGCUACUAAAGAAUCCAGGGUUUACACAGCCAAGUUGUUGGGGUUGUUCAAUGUAGGGUUUUUCGGAGUUAUAGUACUUACAACCAUGUUGUUCGUUCGAGGUACGGAUAAGCACUCUAUGUUUUCGAAAGGCGGUAUGCGAGUAGAUGUUGUUGGAUGGAUUUGUGGGAUCUUUUCGGUUUGUGUCUUUGCUGCUCCUCUUAGCGUCAUGAGAAUGGUAAUAAAAACAAAGAGUGUAGAAUUCAUGCCGUUUGGAUUAUCAGUCUCGCUGACUCUUUGUGCCAUCAUAUGGUUUUUUUACGGUUUCCUCAUUAAGGACUUCUACAUUGCGUUGCCAAACAUCCUUGGAUUUGCAUUCGGAAUAGUUCAGAUGAUAUUGUACGUAAUUUACAAUCAUUUAUCAAAGAAAAGGCAAAACAGUAACAAAAUUGGUGAUGAUCUCAUGAUUAAAAAAGCCGAUAUCAUACAACUUCAAGAGUUGGCCAUUAAUAUUAAUCUUGGAAAAAUUGAGCCACAAAACAAGCCAGCUGAAGUUAUUGAAAUUAUUCUUGAAGAAAUGGUUGAUGUGAACAACAAUGAUAACGAGGAUAGUAACAAUAUUGUUAACGAGGUUGAUAAAAAAGCGGCCAAUGGCGAAGUGCCACGUGGAGACAAUGCAUGCUAAUUAAGUACACCGUAUCUUUUAUGUAUCCACACGAUUCCGUAUACGGAGUAGGAGUAUAUGCUAUGUCGAUGGUACGUGAAUGAUUAUGCCAAAAGAAGAAAAGAAACGAAUGGAGGGUCCAUCUAUUAAAAUUUAAAAUGCAAACUUCAAAGAGAAAAAAUUAAAAGAGGUGAUAUGGAUGUCUUUGGCAAAAAGGGAGGAGACAAUUAAUCAAGGGCUAGAAAUUUUGAUCGAUUUUGUAAAUUUUCCGUAGAUUCUAGAUUUAUUUCGCGUAUUUUUUAGUGUAAAAUAUUAAACAUUGAUGUUGUACGUUCUAGUGUAUCACUUCUCAUUUCUCACUUCAAAUGUAUUCCGUCAAAAAAUACAAAAUCAGAGAAAUAUAUGGAAUCAUCAUU